UUGUCGUUUAACGUCGGAUCGACGCGUGCAAGUGUGUGUGCAUGUAUGAGUGCAGUUUCRUGUAUAUUUGUUCGGAUUAUUAUUAUUAUUAAAAUAAUAUUUCGUGAUAAUUCAUGGGCAAUACACCUGUGACAUAACUGAUUUGACGACACCAAAAUAACUCCAUUGCACUUGCCAAGAUGAAUGUACUUUGCUUGAAAUUACGUCGUAAUCACCAAGUAUGGUCUCCAGAAACGACCGAAAACAUCAAACAUUCAAAGGCGUUUAAUUCAAAAGCCGAUCGAUUGCAAUAUAUUGAACAAUUAAGACAAACGAUGUCCUUGCAGAUGCYGGUGACGGAAGACACGCCUCCCGACAUGUUGUCUGGGGCAAUGGAUCUGAACGUGAUUCUGCCUAACGGUUCCGUGAUCAAGAUGAGCGUCGAGAGAAGGUCAGUAUCCAUUGAGAUUAUCCGGCGUGCCUAUGCCUAUAAUAAUAAUAAUAUACUAAUAUAUACUACCGGGAAACUGCAACGGUUGCGUUUUCUAAAUUGCUGUUUGCGACCUUUGACACCUUUUAAUCGUAUUCUCUCCCUCUCUUUUACAGGUGCCCUAGAUACGUGGACAGUAAACAUCAUUCCUAAAAACUUGAGUAAAAAUGGCAGGUAUCAAAGCCAGUCCAUUAUGAAAUGCAUCACAAAACCGUUCGAACAAACGUUCCGUCUUCARGUACAUUUACCGAGAAAUCAGUUGUACGUGUCCCGAAUAAGUCCAAAAACGCAGCUUAACAGCAUUCUCAAGCAAGUAUGUUUCGAAAAAAAUCUUGAUCCGGCCAAGUAUACGUUAAGGAAACCAGACAAAUUGAACGAGCCCUUGGACUUGAGUAAAACAUUAGUCGAGUACAAAAUACAACAAUUGUCUCUGGUGUUGAAUACAAAUAGAGCUCUCAUCGGUGGUCUAUCUUCAGAUGACAUCAUGUCCCGGACACCCAAAAAAUUUUCGUGUGAUGAUAGUUUGAGUAGUGGUAGUUUGGGUGGUAGAAGUUUGAGUCCGACUAGAUCAGAUGAAUCUUCAGACACCCCRCGUAGACAUCCAAUAAUGGUCAAAGUAUUGCCAUCCAGGCCAGUCCGAAAAAGAAGACUAGCACCAAAACCACCAUCGCAACAACGAAAUGCUCAAGAACAAACAAUAAUUUCACAUUCRMGAAAUAGUUCUGAUAGUAGUGGAUACCAUGAAUCUUCAGUCCUUAGUGAUGCUGUUGAUUGCAGUGUUGGAAUGACGAGGUCUGGGAAUUUUUCUACUACUAAAACGUCUGGCCCGACCAUGUCGCGUUCAAUGACCAAUCUCCAAGCUUGCGGACAAAAUCAGAACCAGUUUUCCGAAAUGCCUUUUAUGUCUAACAACAUAGGUCAAUCAAAACACUCCGUAUCUACUACAUCACUCAUAUCUAUUCAAAGUCGUAAAAAGAAAGCUGCACCCCUACCACCACUAGCCAAUAAACCCAAACUUGCACCACCACAAGAAGAAUCUGAAAGCGAACCGGAAACACAGAGAAAAUCGCAAACACUGCCUGUUACUACAAAACUGUAUAUAGCAGAUCCACAACAAAAAUCAAAAACUGUUUCCAGAAUAGAACUGAAUAAUAAUUUAGUUGAACCUAAUCUAUCCCCAGCAACAUCCUCGUUGUCGUCACUUAGUCGAUCCGAUGUAGAUAGAGAUUUGACUGAACCCACAUCUCCCACAUCCUCGAUUGUAAUAGGUUGUAAAUACUUAUCCAAAUCGGAAGUGAAAUCGAAAAGGCCAGCGCCUAAACCACCUAUACGAUCUUCGACCAUAAACCGACCACAGGCGUCCAGCAAACCUGGAGAUUUGACAACAGUACCUCGAUUAUCUUCAGGUUCAACUGCCGACGAAGACGAAUUGCGUAUGGACGAUGAAGAAAUCGAUCGUAUAUUCGGAGAUGCAACUAGUGGUUACGAUACACCGUCUAUCGUUACCAUUAAAGAAAACAACACAGAAGUUACAGAUAUUGAAUGGGAAUACAAAUUGCCUGACCCUCCUUCGGCAUUUAGAGAUGACCAAUCUCCUGCAAUGACGAUGUUCGAUACAGUAACCAUCGGCAACCUUAAAGAUGUCGUCCUUCAGGAGGAACCUACUAUUAAUCCAGUUGAAGUGAAAGAGGAUAAGAUCACAGCUGAGGAGUCUGUAAAGAAAAUAAUUGGGGACGAAUACCACUGUUUCCCUCAAGACUCGGGAAUUGGAUCAGAUGAUUCGUCGUUGCCAUCCAGUUGUGAAGAAAAAAUACACGCAGACGAAAAACCCAUUAAAAUUGUCGAACCAAAAGAAUCUAAACUAAACAAUUUUAAAAUUGUGGCUUAUGAUGAAGAUUGCUCUAGGCCCACAGAAAUAUUCUGUGAUGAUUCGGUUAAAACGUGGAAGACAACACAAAUAGCUCGAGAAUCAAAUCCUGCAUACAAAACGCAAUCCACGAACUCYGUUAAUAGACACAAGUCGUUCAGUAUGGAUAGAACUAACUUAUCCGUAACAGUCAAACGAAGUACGUCACAUAUAAGUCUCUUGAGUGGUAAUAUAAAACCAUCGAAUCGAUUGGCCAAACACUAUAUUGGACGAACUUAUUCUUCUGAACGACUUAAUUAUGACGACAAGUCUCCAGUAAAAAGAUCGUUUAGCGUAGACAACAUAACAGAAGAUGCGCUAGAAAAUUGUCAAGACGACAACGACAGCGAAAACGAUAUAAUACCAAAAAAAAUUGAACCUACAUUAGAACAAUCUUCUCCCUUACACUCUCUUCAGAUAUUAAAAACAAUUCUCCCUCAAAUUAAAGAUCACAAAGAAAAUACUAAAAAUGAUAAUUUAAGUUUCGACGUUGUUUCCAAUAUUCCGAAUACAUCACUUUCGGAAACGAUAUCAGAAACAAACAACGGACGUCCGAACAACGAGAACGACGACCUCGAAACGAAUGCGUCAAYGCCAAAAGUAGAAGCAACGAAAUCCGACGAACUGCAAGCGACCGUGGCUUUUCCUAAACCCAUUAAGUGUCACGAAGUCAUGUGUGAGCAGAAACCUGUGACCGCGGAGACACCAGCUACCGCGCAACACGUCCAAUCCAAAAACAAACUCCACGUCGAGCCUGAUGGUAAAAUCGGCAUGUCGGAUGUGCAACGCGAUUCCGGCCGUGACGACAAACCGGAAGCCCGAAUACCUUCCGCAGUCGACAAGGACGAAAAGGUCGGCAAGAGGUAUUUGUACACUGGUCCCCCGAAAAUCAGUCUAUCCACGUGGAACGAACGUCCCAAGAGACAGGUGAGCAUCAAGACCGACCGGGACUACGUCAUCGGCAUCAGAGAGAGGUUACAGAUGAGGGCCGGAAACGGUGCGGAACACGCGAACGGAUCGUCGGACGAGUCGGGCCACUGCCAAGACAAGCCCGUGUCCAGGGUGCCGAUAGUGAAGUCGGUCGAACUGAAGAAACCGUACGCCGAACAGCUGCAGACGGCUAGCCCGGUGUUGGCCCUGUCCGAAGCGAUCAAAGCCCAAGCCAAACUCAGCAACGGUUACGGUUACCGCGGCGGUCGAGCGGUCUCGUUGACGGCGGGCGAACACGACGGCAGCGUGGUGUYGAGACCGUUGGAAAAGAAAUCGUCCGCCGCCGACAGCAGCUCGUCGCCGUCGUCGUCGCACACAUUUGGCAAACUGCAAAUGGGCCGGUAUAGAAAACCCAGGGAAAUUUCAACGAACAUCGAUCCCAGGGAAAAUCUGCUCGAGUCGAUCAGAUCGUUCGGAGGCCGAGACAACCUGAGGAAAAUCAGGGCAUAGUAUAUACUGUAUUCAAAACAGACUAUUAUUAUCGUCCACUAGACGCACUAACAUAUUUUUACUCGAUUAUUGUUAUCAGAUACGUGAUGGUUCGAAAUCGUAAUGAUAUAUAUAUAUAUAUUAUUACAACCGCAUUAUCGGCCCUAGUGUAGGUAGUAGAUGGUUUUGUUCGUUUCGCAUUUGAACCUCGAAAACGAAUACAAUAUUACGGUCAAUUAUUUUUAAAGGUUUCCGCCUGUUGUAUAACCUGCUGUGAUGGCUCAUAUUAUUAUCAUCGUUUGAACUAUAAAUUAGCGACGCAGCUCUUUUAACACGGCAUGUCCGAAUGCAAAUAUAAGACUUUAAAUAUUUAUCAUCCACUCGUGCGAUUUGCUCUCGUUCCUUGAUUUUUAUAUAAAAAUAAUUUUCUGAUCAAAAUCACGAAACCAAAAUGCGUAUACCGUUCUGAYUAUUGCGAUUCGUUUAUUGAAUCCGUCAAUUUUCUUUAGUUGGAGAUCGCCGAAUUUAAAUUGAAAAUUUCCUCAUUAUAAACUACAUGGCGCUCAACAAAACUUUUCGUUUGCAAUCACAGUCCUGUUUUCUGUGUUUCUGUUGUGAUUGAAACACUGACUAACACCUU